AUGAUGAAGUUACAGCGUGUUCAAAAACAAUUCUUUCCAAAGCCUCGUACACCAGAAUCGACCGUUCAAUCAUCUGCUUCUCUCAGAGAUGAAAAAAUUGAUGAAAAUGAAAGGAAAAAUUAUGGGUCAGCUACUACUCUCACCAAUUCAGUAUCGGAACAAAGCCUUGGAUUGGAAUCAAAAUCAAGUGAUUUUCCAACGGUAAUACCUUCCAAAUUUCGAAACGAUGCUGGACAAGAUAAUAAUGUUAACAGUAUAUCAAUAGUGCAGAAACAACGAAUUGGCUGGGAUGACAUCGAAAUGAUGCGCCACGGUCUAAUUAAUUGUUGUUGUGUACGGGCAAUACCGCCAGAAAGUACCACUCUACCGACAACAAUCAAUAUUGGUAAUACAUAUAGUCAUAAAAUGACUAACUCAAAACAAAUCGACCAUAUUUCUGCCAUAUCUGAAUCAGUUCAAAACGUACAUCCCGUCUACACCCAAGACUUCCAUAAAUCUGUUUAA